UUCCUCGUCAAAAUCCCACAUCUAAAAACCACCUUAUCUCUCUCUUCUCUCCUUUAUAUUUUCCUCUUUUCCCACUCUCAUAAAAAAAAUGGAUAAUAAAAGAACAUGCAAUUCUCACGAUGUUGAAGUUAGGAAAGGUCCUUGGACUAUGGAAGAAGAUUUGAUUCUCAUCAAUUAUAUAGCUAAUCAUGGUGAAGGUGUUUGGAAUUCCCUUGCUCGAUCUGCUGGUCUGAAGCGUACCGGAAAAAGUUGUAGACUCCGGUGGCUAAACUAUCUCCGGCCGGAUGUUCGGAGGGGAAAUAUUACACCUGAAGAACAGCUCUUGAUUAUGGAACUGCAUGCCAAAUGGGGAAACAGGUGGUCAAAAAUUGCAAAGCAUUUGCCAGGAAGAACAGAUAACGAGAUAAAGAACUACUGGAGGACAAGGAUUCAAAAGCACAUUAAACAAGCAGAUGAAGGCAUGAAUAUUAGACCAUCAUCAAAUUCUGAGAACAACCAUCAUCAACAAGCAAGCACAAGCCAAGUUUCUACUGAAAAUAAUACCAUUGAAACCUACUCUCCAUCAUCUUACAAUGGAAAUAAUAUGGGCACAACUAAUUUUCAGGCCAAUUUUCCAGCUGAAACAAAUGAAAAUAUUUGGAGCAUGGAGGACCUUUGGUCCAUGCAAUUGCUUAAUGAUGCAACCAACUAAUAUAUAGCUAUAUAUGUAAAGCAUUAAAAAUUCCGAAUCAUAUUCCCAUGUCUCUCCUGCUUCAUGAGUCACUGUGUAAUACAACUAUCAAACUUAUGAGUUUAACUUUUAUGCAUUAAUUAACAGUAUUGUAAAUAGAUACACAAUCAAGUUACUUAAGUACAUGGUAAUUACAGGUAAAUUUCUA